AUGGCGCCCAAAACGCUUUACCAGAAAAUCUUCGACUCGCACCUCGUUCACGAGGAAGCCGACGGCACCUGCCUCAUCUACAUCGACCGCCACCUCGUCCACGAGGUCACCUCUCCACAAGCGUUCGAGGGUCUGCGCAAUGCCAACCGCAAAGUGCGCCGUACCGACUGCACGCUCGCCACCGUCGACCACAACAUCCCCACUGCCUCGCGCAAAUCCUACAAGGACACCAAGUCGUUUGUCGAGCAGGCCGACUCGCGAACCCAGUGCCUGACGCUCGAGGAGAACGUCAAGGCGUUCGGUCUCACCUUCUUUGGUCUUUCGGACAACCGUCAGGGUAUCGUGCACAUUGUCGGGCCCGAGCAGGGCUUUACUCUGCCAGGCACGACUGUGGUGUGUGGUGACUCGCACACUUCCACGCACGGUGCCUUUGGCUCGCUUGCCUUUGGUAUUGGUACUUCGGAGGUCGAGCACGUGCUCGCCACUCAGACGCUGCUCCAGAAGCGCGCCAAGAACAUGCGAAUCCAGGUUGACGGUGAGCUGUCCGAGGGUGUCACCUCCAAAGACAUCAUCCUGCACAUCAUUGGUCUCAUCGGCACUGCGGGUGGUACCGGCCACGUCAUCGAGUUCGCCGGGUCCACCAUCCAGUCGCUCUCCAUGGAGGCGCGCAUGUCGAUCUGCAACAUGUCCAUCGAAGCCGGUGCCCGUGCUGGUCUUAUUGCUCCGGACGAGACGACGUACGAGUAUAUCAAGGGUCGCCCUCUCGCACCAAAGGAGGGCCAAGCGUGGGAGCAGGCCGUCGACUACUGGAAGUCUCUCCCAUCCGACGAGGGCGCAGAGUACGACACUGUCAUCAAGAUCGCCGCCAAGGACAUCCCGCCUACCGUCACCUGGGGCACUUCCCCGCAGGACGUGGUCGCCAUCACCGGCACCGUCCCCGACCCCAAGAACGCCAAGAACGACGCCGAGGCCAAGGCCUGGACCCGCGCACUUGAGUACAUGGGCCUCGAGGCCAACACGCCCAUGGAGAAGAUCAAGAUCGACAAGGUCUUUAUUGGAUCUUGCACCAACGCACGCAUUGAAGACCUGCGCGCCGCCGCGCGUGUCCUGCACGGCCGCAAGGUCGCCGACGGUCUCUACUGCAUGCUCGUCCCCGGCUCGGGCCUGGUCAAGAAGCAAGCCGAAGCCGAGGGUCUGGACAAGAUCUUCCAAGCUGCGGGCUUCGACUGGCGCGAAGCCGGCUGCUCCAUGUGUCUCGGUAUGAACCCAGACCAGCUCGCACCGGGCGAACGAUGCGCUUCCACCUCGAACCGCAACUUUGAGGGCCGUCAGGGCGCGGGUGGACGAACGCACCUCAUGUCGCCGGCGAUGGCCGCGGCGUGUGCUGUGACGGGCUACCUGACGGAUGUGCGCAAGGUGGUCGGGGACUCGGCAACCAAGGUGGGCAGCGAGGCGGGAAAGCCUGCGUUUGAGAUCCAGGUUUCGGACGCCAAGUCGUAUCUUGUUGAUGCGACGCCUGCGCCUGCACCGACGAAUGUGGCUGCACCGGCGCAGACGGACGAAGAUGCGAUCCGCGAUGUACCUGCUUCGCAGAUCUCGACUGCCGGGGCGGGGAUGGAAAAGUUCACCGUACUCAAGGGUAUCGCUGCCCCGCUGGAGCGUAGCAACGUCGACACGGACCUGAUCAUCCCCAAGCAGUUCCUCAAGACGAUCAAGCGCACGGGUCUGGGGUCGGCGCUCUUCUGGCCGAUCCGCUACGACGCCAAGACGGGCGAGCCGGACCCGGAGUUCGUGCUGAACCAGUCGCCGUACGACCAGAGCAAGAUCCUCGUCGUCACGGGUCCCAACUUUGGCUGCGGUUCGUCGCGAGAGCACGCCGCCUGGUCGCUGCUCGACUUUGGCAUCCGCGCCGUUAUUGCCGAGUCGUUCGGCGACAUUUUCCGCAACAACCUCACCAAGAACGGCCAGCUGCCCGUGGUGCUCACCAAGCCGCAGAUUGAGCGCCUCACCCUCGACGCCAAGGCGGGCAAGGAGAUCACGGUGGACCUCGAGAACAGCGUCGUGAUUACUGCCGACGGCCAGGAGAAGUUCAAGUUCGAGACCCCCGAGUUCACGCGUCACUGCCUGCUCAACGGUCUGGACGAUAUUGCGCUGACCCUGCAGAAGGACGCCAAGAUUGCGCAGUUUGAGGCCGCGAGAAGCAGGGACACGCCCUGGCUCGACGGGUUUGGGUACGACAAGGCCGGCGGCAAGAUCGAGGCCGUCGUCGGGGCUGCCAAGGGCCUGGUCAACAAGGUCGCGGGCACCGAGUGGUGA